AGACGACUGGUGGUUGGCCGAGAAACGUAGAGCGAGCUCAAAAACUCGCGUGACGCGAAAGAGCGGCAAGAGCAGGAGGAGCGCGGGGAGUUUUCGAGUUGAGUGCUUGAACGUCCACUUCGGGCCGCUCAUCGUGGAGAGUCGCAGCGCUGGUCGGAGCCUGUUGAGGGGAGCUUUCUCAAGCGGAGGAGGUGAUGCGGCGGUGCCUCCGCGCGACGCGUCCGUUUUCUUCUUAUCGCGAUGUUACUGAGACUAAGUUCUGCGUAAUUUGUGAUUAACCAGUGCGCUCGCCCCAUUCGUGCCGAGCAGUGCCGAGUUCGAUGUUUCUAAAUCGGACAGGCACAGAUGGUACUAUUCGGUAGGCGGUCGUCGAGAGUCGUGCUUCAUAAGAAACUCGUGCCAGUCGGAAUAUGCUUCGGGAUCCUGCUUUCGUUGACGGCCGUGCCGUUCAUGGGCUGUCAGCAGCGGAAGUCGCCGCCCUCCGCAAAGGACGGCUUCUUGAGCUGGCAGCAGUCUGCGCCAGUGGACGACGAAGACUUCGAGCCUGUGUUGCGCUUGGACGGCCACUCCAAGACUUCUCAGGCCAACAGCCCGGAGAAAGUGGCUCUCAAACGACCGCGAUUCUACAGCACGGAACUGGAGAUACGCGAGAAGCUGCUCGUCGUUGUGCUCACAUCGCCAGAAACGGUCGAGACAUUUGGUGCAGCCGUGAACAGGACGUUGUCCGGUCAUCCGAACAAACUGAUUUUCUAUGCGUGUGCUUCAGACGGGGACAGCUCGCCAGCUGUUCUCAGUGCUCCAUCCGUCUUGCAGCUGCCCGGCACAAAGUGCGACUCUUUGGCGUAUCACGUUCUCAGGCAUCUGAGCGUGAAGAACACUGCAAAAGACUUCGAUUUUGUGUUUCUCAUGCGAGAUAGCACAUACGUAAAUGGUGAAAAGCUCGUUAGCAUUGCUACUCAUGUGAGUGUAAAUGUAGAAGUCUUUUUGGGUAGGUCUACAAACGGGGCCUGCGAUCUGGACGCCGGCAUGUUGCUGAGCAAUGGAGUAUUUAAAAAGGUGCUUGAAAAUCUUGACUCGUGCCUGGUUGGGACAGGCGAAAUCUUGGACGACCACAUUGCGCAGUGCAUUGCUAAAGUGUCUGGAGUUCCAUGCAGCGAUGUUUUUCAGGAGCAGCCUUUCUACUCCUUCAACCUUGAGAAGGACUUUGGCUACGUACCAGAUCCGGCAACUCUUACUACGAGGAAAGAUUUCAGUGCAGUGGUGACUCUCUACCCAGUGCUUACGUGGAAGUACUUCUAUCGCCUGCAUCAUCACUUCAGCCUCUACAAUCUGCAAAAAGUGAAAAGACAAAUUGCAUUUACGGAGAAACAGAUAGCUGACAUCGCUAUUCAUCUGCCCAAUGACACAAUAGGACGGGCAGAAUGGCCUCUUGGUGUGGAGCCAACAUUGAAACCAUCCAACAGAUUUGACAUUAUUCGUUCUGUGUAUUUCAAUGACACCCAUCUAUUCUGGAAAACAGACACUGAAGUCACUAGCCCGAUUAGCGGAGCCGAAAAGCUUAGUAUAGAGGACUUGAAAACAUCUGCGAAGGAAUUUCUCGUGAGCUCUUUUCCCAAGAAUAACUUAACGCUACUUUCUACUGUUGAUGGCUAUAGAAAGUUUGAUCCAACACGAGGCCUUAGCUAUGUGAUGCAUCUUCUGCUUUGGAAUGAGACAUCCAAAGCAGAGACCUACAGAACUCUUGAAUUCUUGCGGCCCCUUGGAAAGUCUGAAAUUAUUGGCAUGCCUUAUGUCACAGAGCAUACACGGAUUAUAAUGGUACUGUUUGUCAAAGAAAAAGAACUGGACCAUGUUGCUGUUUUCAUUGAAGAGUAUGCCAAGACUUGUCUAGAAAAGAAUGAUAAUACGAUGCUCUUGCUUGCUUUCCUUCAACCAGCUGGUGUGCCCGAUGUGUUUGGAAACAUCCGCAGCUUUGCUGUUUCCAGUUCAAACCGGUUUAGAAAGAGCAAUGCUAAGCUUGCAACAAUCAGUAUCAGGAUACCAGAGGAUCGACGGGUUCCUUCAGACUUUGCACUGAUUGACCUUGUUGUGCGAAAGCUGCCCCAAGACUCCCUUAUCCUCCUCUGUCAAACAGGGAUGGAAAUCAGGACAGACUACUUGAACAGGGUCCGCAUGAACACAGUGUCUGGGGUCCAGGUGUUCUUGCCUAUUCCAUUUACUCAAUAUCACCCCAUCAUCACGGAGCAGGAUCCUGUUGCUCCAGCCUUCCUUGAACUCAAGAGGGAAAAUGGUUUCUUUGACAGUAAUAACUUCAAGCAUUUCAGCUUCUAUGUUUCAGACUAUUGGCGUCACCGUGCACUUAUUGCUAAAGAGGUGCCUUUAGCACACAGCAGCACAGACCUAACAGCUGACCAUUACCAUGGUCUUACCUUUGGGAUUGUGGAACUCUUUCUAGUGUCAAAACAAGUUCAUCUACUAAGGGCAGUUGAGCCCGAGUUGAGAGUGCGGUACAUCUGGAGAGAUUGUAGUGAUGAGCCCAAUCUCAGAGCAGCUGAGAACUGCAAAUUAUCUAGACUCUACUCUGUGGGCAACAGAGGACAGCAAGCCAAAUUUCUUGCCUCCCAGACCACAUCUGCAGUGACAGGCAGUGAUGUUUCUCCUAGUUCCUGACAGCUGUCAAGCUGUGCAUUUGACAACACUUCAGAUGGGGCACAGCCUCCUAGUCCCCAUCAGCUCAAUCACUCUCUGCUGCCAUUCCUGGAAGGUAAUCAGACAGGUGGGCGUAUUUAUGAGGUGUGUCUAGACAGCUCCUACAUGUUCAUGAACUGUUUUCAUGUUUUUGCCAUUGCCUCACCGAAUCGUUCCCUGUGGUUUUUCUUGCUUUUUGUGUGUGUGUGUGUGUGACUUGUACAGUUUUCUUUUUGUGGUUAUGACGAAGAGUUACAAUUAAGGAUGCCAAUUUUACACUUUCUUCAUAUAAGUUUUCAAGGCAGGACUUUUACGUUUUAACUGUUUUUAUCAUGUGCUGCAAAGUGCACCAAGACUUUUAUAUUGUAUAUUUGUUUUUAGGUGAAUUUUGUCUUAUUUUUACUAUGUCCCUAUACAAUUCUGUUUUAGGCUGUUAAAUUUACUGCUGCUCAAUCAAGUACGCUUGUACUUACCAGUGGUCGCUGUGGCUUUUGAUACUACAUAUGAACUUUGUUGUUGUUGCGAUGACAUCUAAGCAGCACCAUUUCCAGAUUUCUUCAUUCAUCACUGUUAUUAAACAUGCUGCAUACUUUUUCA